UCCCGAUCUCAAAGUUGACGAGCACAUCACGGCUAUGCUCAGGAGUCUGAUUCGACUUCAUUUCCGGCGCAACGCUUCCAGUCUCUUCCAAUUCUCUGGGUUUCCUUUGUCGUCAUCCACUGUCGCUCUUACAACAACAAAAUCGCCGAUUUCAGUCAACAAAUCUCGCAACAUGUCGUCCUCCUCCGUCCCGCCACAACCACCUCCAGCGCCGGCCACAACGCGCCGUCCAACCGGCGCCGUUCCCUUUCUCGAAUACCCAUCCCCCAACGCCACAAGCACCAGCAGCAACAGCAGCACAACAAAACCAAAGCGCUACCUCCUCUUCUUCAUCUCCGGCAACCCCGGCCUAAUCGACUACUACGCCCCCUUCUUCACCCACCUGCGCUCCCUCCUCAACGAACUCGAAUCCACAUCCGCCUCAUCGCCAGGCCAACAACCCAUAACCUUCCACAUCUACGGGCAAAACCUCAUCGGUUUCUCCGAUUCCGACCACCAGCCUUUUUCACCGGGAUCCCCAGAAACGGAACCCUUCCUCUUGGAGGAGCAGAUCGCCCAUCUCUACGACUCUCUCGUCUCACUGAACGAAGAGAAAGGACCCUUCGACGAAAUUAUCCUAGCGGGCCACUCCGUCGGCAGCUUUCUAUCUCUCGAAAUCUUACACCGCUCCCUCCAAUCUUCUUCUUCUAGUCUGCCAAUAACCACAGCCCUCCUCCUCUUCCCCACAAUCCACCAGAUGCACCUCUCCCCCUCCGGCUUACACCUCUCCCGGAUCCGCUCCAUUCCCUUCCUGAAUAACCACGCGCACGUGCUCGCCAAGUCCUUUGUCGAUUUGGUGCCAGGGUUUGCGCUGCGGUGGAUUACCAGACGGGUAUUGGGUAUGUCGGAGCACGGAAGCGAGGUUACUACGAGGUUUUUGCAGUCCAGAGAUGGUAUUUGGCAGGCGAUUCAUUUGGGGAAGGAUGAGAUGGGGGAGAUUAGGGAUGGGGAGGGGAGGUGGGGGUGGUGGUCUUCGCCGACUGCCCCAACUUCCCAUGAGCAGCGCGACGAGCACGAAGAACAAGAAGUGGUUGCUAAAGAGAUGGAGGGCAUCGAAUCUGAUUGGGAGCGGUUUGAUGCUCAGAUCCGUCAGGAGCACGAGCAGAGGAAGGGAGAGGAGGAGAAGAGAAAGAAGCCCAAGUUCUUCCUCUACUUCGGGCAAAACGAUCAUUGGGUGGCGGAUCAGUAUCGGGAUGAGUUCAUUGAGAGGAGGAAGAGGGAGGGGCAUACGGGGAAGGAGGGAGGGACGAAGAUUGUGAUUGAUGAGGACAAGAUUCCGCAUGCUUUUUGCAUUAAUCAUAGCGAACAGGUUGCUGAGAAGGUGAAGCUGUGGGUGGAGGAGGUUGUGGAGGGGUAGAUGGAGAUGGGGAAGGUUGGGACCGGGCGCCCGGAUUGGAAUACUGCAUUGACAAAGGAGAAGAGCGUACAAGGACGGCUGUCAAAGGGUAGAAGGCAUAUAGAGCAGCUAUACGGGUACCAUCAGACACACAACAGGUAUUCCAACCUCAAAAGGAGGGAUCAGACAUACGUAAUCAACUUCAGUUUACCCAC